GCAUGUCCUGGAGGCGGUGUGGCCGAACUGCGCAUGUCUGAAAGGCGGGGGCGAGGCCAACCCGGCUACAGGUGCGGAAGCUGGGAUUCGGGGACUUCGGGAGCUCGGGGCUGCUCUCUGCGCCGCGACCAGGAUGGCAGGGAGGGGAAAACUGAUCGCGGUGAUCGGAGACGAGGACACGGUGACUGGCUUCCUGCUGGGCGGCAUCGGGGAGCUUAACAAGAACCGCCACCCUAAUUUCCUGGUGGUGGAGAAGGACACGACCAUCACCGAGAUCGAAGACACUUUCCGGCAGUUUCUCAGCCGGGACGACGUCGGCAUCAUCCUCAUCAACCAGUACAUCGCGGAGAUGGUGCGGCACGCGCUGGACGCCCACCAGCGCUCCAUCCCGGCCGUGCUGGAGAUCCCCUCCAAGGAGCACCCCUAUGACGCCGCCAAGGACUCCAUCCUGCGCAGGGCCAGGGGCAUGUUCACCGCCGAAGACCUGCGCUAGGACACGCCCCGCGGAGCACGGCCCUCAGCCCCUCCCGCCCUUCCAGGCCUCUCCCCGGCUUGUCCCCAGCCCCGCUCUGAAGGUUCAAGCCUCUGAUUUCCACGUCUCCACUCCUUCCCACCCCAGGGAGAGGCUGUGUGAGGGGCAUCUAGGUUGCUGGGAUGCUGCUAUUAAAAGCCGGGCUGGUUAGGGAA